AUGCAGUGUAGACUUGUUUUUCUUCUUUUUCUUGGCUUACUAAUAAUAUCUGCCAUUUUUGGACAAAUAAGUAUUUGCAAUCCGAAUCCAUGUUUUAACAAUGGCCAAUGCUUAGCAAUCAAUGGCAAUAUGGAUUUUUAUUGCAUAUGUCCACCUAAUCUUCCGGUGGGUGGUAAACGAUGUGAUGAACUGACAAUAGGAACAACAACAACAACAAUGAGACCAGUCAUUAAUCGAUGUUUUUAUCAAUCAACCAUCUGUCAAAAUGCUGGUACAUGCAUACCUGGUGAUAAUGGUGCUUAUUCAUGUCGAUGUCCACCGUCAUAUACAGGAGUUCAUUGUGAACAAUAUAGUUUACCAUCAUCUAUUUGUUCAUCGAUGCCUUGUAAAAAUGGAGGAACAUGUUUGUCACUCACUGGUAGUUCAAAUUAUUAUUGUCAAUGUCCACCAGAAUAUACUGGAUCUACAUGUACUACAGCUGUUACUGUUUGUCCUACGGAUUACUGCAAAAAUAACGGACAAUGUACAUUUGAUUAUACACUUAGUCGAUUAAGAUGUGCUUGUCCAGGAACAUUUUCUGGUGAACAUUGUGAAAUUCCAAUAGGUCAAGCAAAUGCCUGUGCAAGUUUUCCUUGUUAUAAUGAUGGUAGUUGUACACCAGCUGGAGCUUCUUUUCUAUGUACUUGUAAAGACCAUUUUAAUGGUAAUCAAUGUCAAUUUAAGGAUGAUUCUACUCCGUGUCAUGGUACUCCAUGUUUGAAUAGUGGAAUAUGUGUUCCCAGUGGAAAUACAUUUUACUGUAGAUGUCCAACGAGUUACACGGGAGCAAGAUGUGAAGAACAAAUAACUUCAUCAAAUACACUUUGUAAUUUAAAUCCAGGCGUAUGUCAACAAGGAAGCACAUGUGUUUCGAAUGCGACUCAUCUUCGAUGUAUUUGUCGACCGGGAACUGAAGGACAAUUAUGUGAAAAAAAUACUACAAAUGCCUGUUUUGGAAUUAAUCCCUGCUUGAAUGGGGGAAGUUGUUAUUCGAGUCAAUCGGGAUUUGUUUGUAUUUGUCCAGAACCAUAUACAGGAAGUAGAUGUGAAACCUCUACAAUAAAUGUCAAUACAUGUACUGCUAAUCCAAACUACUGUAGAAAUGGCGGAAGGCAAGAAGAAAUACUAGAUUGUAUGAUGCUUAAUAAUGCGCUCUUUUGUAUAUGUGUACCACCUUAUACAGGAACAACUUGUCAACAAACUACACAAAAUGAAAUUAAUACCGUGUGUAGUAUUACUAUGGAUAGAUGUAGAAAUGGUGGAACAUGUGUACCAGUUGGAAUAAAUGCGUUUACUUGUCAAUGUAUGCCGGGAUACACGGGAUUAAGUUGUGAAACGGCUACUAAUCCAACAAGUAAUUGUAUGUCAAUGUGUUUAAAUGGUGGCCAAUGUACUUUCGUUGGAAAUUCAUUUCAAUGUAUUUGUCCUAAUGGUUUUACGGGAUCAUUUUGUGAAACAGCAUUAUCAUCAUGCAGUUCUAUAGCAUGUGCUAAUGGAGGUACAUGUAUGGCAAUAUCAGGUGGAGCUGCUUGGAUAUGUAUUUGUCAAUCAGGAUUUACGGGAGAUCGAUGUCAAAAUGUAAUAAGUACAACGUCUCGAUGUACUUCACAACCUUGUCGCAAUGGGGGUACCUGCGUUGAUGGACCAUUUACAUAUAAUUGUAAAUGUCCUUUUCCAUACAAUGGACAACAAUGUGAACGUGUAUCAACAGUUCAAUCUCCAUGUGAUAGCAAUCCAUGUUUGAAUUCUGGCAAGUGUAAUCGUGUUGGUAAUGUUUUUACUUGUUCAUGUCCUCCAGGUUAUACAGGAUCAACAUGUGAAACAAAUAUUCGACCAGCUACUUGUACUAUCAAUUGUUCACCAGGUUAUUGUUUUUCAAAUCCAAGUACUCAACUACCAUAUGCUUGUUAUUGUCCCAAUCAUACAAUUCAAUUAAAAUCAUGUACUACUUAA